GUAUCGACUUGUCUUACUCUGGGGGUUACAGUGAAUAAGCUAAAUUCCCAAUAAGUCGGUGUGUUCCUAUUAUUUGCAUUAUCAUCCUGUUUUGCAAGUGCCGGAAUUGUCCAUACGUCAUGUAAGCAUUUGUCACCACAGCUGACUACUCCUACUGACAGGAACCUCCCACAAAGCUGCGUGUAUAAAAAGAGCAAUCAAAGGUGAUUACUUUCAUCAAAGGAACAUUUUGGUCUCAUGAACAGAUUCUGCUGCUUUCCAGAGUCAAAAUGGUGAAUUAUGAAGUGACUGUAUCCACUGGCAAUCUUGCCGGUGCCACCACUUUUAACAACGUCUUCAUUAAGCUGGUAGGAACAGACGGGGAGAGCAAACGCAAGUGGCUCAUGGGGUUCAAAGGAGCUUCAUCCUUCACCAUUGGAGCAGUGUCUAGUUUUACUGUGUACUGCCCUGUCUCCAUUGGAAAGCUGGUCCUGAUAGAGCUGGACAAACAGUGUCUCCCAUUGUUCCCUGAAGACUCUUGGUUCCCCACCAAGGUGGAAGUGAACUCUCCUGAAGGAGAUACCUACAACUUUCCCAUCUACCGCUGGAUCACUGACAGCAAGGUGCACCGCUUCCGAGAAGGAACAGCUCUGACAGUCUUCGAAGACAACCAUCAUCUUGGCAGGUACAGUCGGCAGAAGGAACUGGAUCAACGAGAGAAGGACUAUCUCUGGCAUGUGUAUGUAGAGGGAAUACCCCACUGCAUGAAGGCAGAGAACCCUCUUUCUUUGCCUUAUGAAGUCCGCUUCUCCUUUACUAAGACCACAGAGUUUCUCUACACUGCAUCCACCGGGCUGACUGAACUGCAACUUAAGGGUCUGGCUAAUUGCAUGGAGAAGUGGACAGAUAUUGAUGCUAUCAAUCGGGUGUUCUGCUGCAAACGGACUGAUAUAUCAGACUAUGUCCAGGAACAUUGGAAGGAGGACGCUUUUUUUGGCUACCAGUAUCUAAAUGGUGUCAACCCCAUCUUGAUCCGACGUUGUUCAGCUCUGCCUGAUAACUUUCCUGUCACUGAUGACAUGGUCUUCCUCCGUGGACAGGGUAACUUGACAAAUGAAAUGAAGAAAGGCAACAUAUUCCUGUGUGACUACAAGCGUUUGGAUGGAGUGAAAGCCAACACAAUCAAUGGGAAGAAGCAGUACUUGAUGGCUCCUCUCGUCCUGCUCCACAAAACACCUGAUGAUAAACUGAUGCCAAUUGCUAUCCAGCUGAAGCAGACUCCAGCAGAUGACAACCCCAUCUUCUUUCCUACUGAUUCUGAGUAUGACUGGUUGAUGGCCAAGAUUUUUGUGAGAAGUGCAGAUUUCAAUGAGCAUCAACUCAAUGUUCACCUGCUGCGCACUCAUCUGCUGGCUGAAGUGUUUUCAGUGUCACUGCUGCGUAAUGUGCCAAUGGUGCAUCCACUGUACAAGCUCCUCAUACCUCACACUCGCUACACUCUGCAGAUCAACCACUUAGCUCGACUUGUUUUAAUAUCUGAGACUGGAGUUUUUACAAAGUUUUCAGCUUCUGGUGGAGAGGGUAUGAUGACAAUCCUGAAGAGAUCACUGUCCUCAAUGACCUACAGCUCCCUUUGCAUACCAGACGACAUUGCUGAGCGUGGUGUGGAGGCUCUGCCGAACUUCUACUACAGGGAUGAUGGACUCAAGCUUUGGGAUCUCAUCCAAAGGUUUGUGCAGGGAGUGCUCAGCUUCUACUACAAGAACGACGCUGAGGUCCAGAAAGACUCCGAACUGCAGAAGUGGAUUUCAGACAUUUUUGAACGUGGAUUUCUUUCCCAAGCAUGCACAGGAAUUCCACAGAGCUUUACCACCGUGGCUGAGUUGGUCAAGUUUGUCACCAUGGUGAUCUUCACUUGCUCAGGACAGCACUCAGCUGUGAAUUCUGGACAGUAUGACUAUGGUGGCUGGAUGCCCAACACUCCCAUCUCUCUGCAACUUCCUCCACCAACCAAAAAGGGGGAAACAAGCGAGGCCACGAUGCUGCAGACAUUCCCUGACGUCAACACAACAGUUCAGGGAAUGUCCACCAUGUGGCUACUCAGCAAGCAGUCGUCUGACUUCGUCCCUCUUGGCCAAUACCCAGAGGACCAUUUCAGUGAGAAGAUUCCCAGCAAGCUGAUAAAGGAUUUUCAAGGAGAGCUUGAAGUGUUAAGUGUGGACAUCAAUGUCAGAAACAAGAGGCUGGAGGUCCCCUACACAUACAUGGAUCCAACAAAGCUAGAAAACAGCGUGGCCAUUUAAAUAUCAGAAGGUGUGACCUCCUCAGCUGUUGGCCAAAUUCAGCUUCAUAUUAACAAAAGUGAGAAAGGGAAGAACUGCAUGUUUCUGUUUUUAACUGAUACUAUAGUGGAAAGAAAUGACUGCAUGUGAUUGUUGUAUGCUGAUCUGUGUUUAUGUAUACAGUCUGAUUGAUUAAACUGUGGUGAAAAAAUGCUGUUUUAAAUCAUACACAUCCUAAAUCUUCUUAGUUCAUCAAUGACUACACAGGGCAUCUUAUUAAAAUAAAUUACAAAUGAAAAAUAAAAAAUGUGACGCUGCUGCAUUGAGAAGCUUCUUAUAAACAUGUAUCUUUCAGAAACAAAAUGUGUCAAUUUGCACUUGUCUGCCCUCAUUGGACUAUUGUUUUAUUAUUUUCUGUCUCAACACAAGAAUGAAUGAAUCAGUUAUUUUUUCUACAGCAGUGUGUGUUGUGUAGUAGCCUUUUACUGAUAACCGAGCUACAGAACAAGCUUCUGUAUGUGAGAUUGUUCUGUGCCAGUUAGUCUACAGAGAAAAAUAUAAAUUAUUCUGAGAAAACAAUGAAAUUGUUUUUUAUAUAUAACUAGUAUUAGCUUUGUUUACUGUAGUUGUUUCUUUUUCAUUUUUUUAAAUUUUACUGAUGACGGAACUUUGAAUCAAGCUUUUUUCAGUGAACCCUUUGUGCUAGAGAAAUUAAAACAAAAGUGGUGAAUAUAAAAUGAUGUGGCUUAUUUGUGAUGUAAUAAUCACAGCAAAGCCCUAAUUGCACAUUGCUAUACAAAUUUGAUUUAUUGUUCACAAUGAUUAUAAAUGCAACUUCUUAAUA